UCCUCUCUAGUGAGCGCCUUACGGGCUGCUCUCGGUUGUAGUGGGAUCAGGUGCUGGAUGCGAUCGGAGCGCUGUUUCGAGGGGCAUUCUUGCCUUUUUAUUACCUUAAUGCCCCCCUGUUUUACAUUUCCCUUCUUUAAUAGUCAACAUCUCCCUGUUCUUUUCCGGCUCAUCAUGCAUUGCACCCCAAUCCACGCUUCUCUUGGGUAGUAGCUGCCCUCACUCCACCCCUUCCCCAACAGGUCUAACCCGGUCAUGUACCUCCAAGACGGGAAGGCGACUCACUCGAGGUCGGGGUAAAGGCCUAGUUUGUUGCAGAGCUCCUUCCGUCCUUCUGCUUCCACCCCUCCCCACCUACAACAUCAUAACAUACACAACCGCACACACCGACCUCAGCAUCAGCAAUCAUGGCAGAGGAGCAGCAGCAACCACAAACACCGAAAAAACAGCGGCCUGAGCAGCCCCUGCUGCCCUCUGCUGCACCAGGGACAUUGCCAGCCUUGGUGCCAGGACUGCAACUAACAGAGGCCAAUGCACUGCAACACAAGAUCAAGAACUCCAUCUGCAAUUCCUUACAAGGGAAAGUCCUCUGCAUUUUAGAAGAAGUUGAGAAGUUUACAGACCUUGAGAAACUCUACCUCUACCUCCAACUGCCUUCUGGUCCUAGCAAUGUGGAGAAAAGUGAUCAGAGCUCUUUAUCAUCAAGCCGAGCUCAACAAAUGCACGCAUUCUCUUGGAUUCGGAAUACCUUAGAGGAACAUCCAGAAACUUCAUUGCCUAAGCAGGAAGUCUAUGAUGAAUAUAAGAGCUAUUGUGACAAUCUCGGCUAUCAUCCACUAAGUGCUGCUGAUUUUGGAAAAAUCAUGAAAAAUGUUUUUCCGAACAUGAAAGCCCGUCGUCUUGGUACAAGAGGCAAAUCAAAGUAUUGCUAUAGCGGACUGAGGAAAAAAGCUUUUGUCCAUAUGCCAUCGUUGCCGAACCUUGACUUUAACAAGACUGGAGAUGGGCUUGAAGGUGUGGAAGUCUCUGCUCAGUUACAAAGUGCUGAUGAAGAAGUUGUAUCUGCAGCUUGUCGCCUUGUGUGUGAGUGGGCCCAGAAAGUUUUAAGUCAGCCUUUUGAUUCUGUUUUGGAUUUAGCUCGUUUUCUCGUCAAAAGUCAUUAUAUCGGCACUAAAUCAAUUUCAGCUCUGACAGUAAUGGCAGGUGAUUCAGCAGGAUUAAAAGGAAUUACGCAGACAUCAGCAUUUGUACCCAUGUCUGAAAACAAUUCCUUCCACCCUCAAGUAAAAACACUAGCUUCUCCGGUAGAUGCCAAGCAGCAGCUACAAAGAAAAAUCCAAAAGAAACAGCAAGAGCAGAAACUCCAGUCGCCUUUACCAGGAGAACUGCAUGUCAAAAAACCAGAUGGCAACACACCUAAUGGAAUUACCAGUAUUUGUAAUGGAAGCCCAGCAAUUCUAUCUCCGCAACCUAUUGGUAUUGUAGUGGCAGCUGUGCCCAGCCCAAUUACGGUGCAAAGAACAAGGCAGCUGGUUACUUCUCCAAGUCCUGUGGGUCAUUCUGAUGGCAAAGUCCUUCCUUUAAACGUACAAGUGGUCACCCAGCACAUGCAAUCUGUUAAACAGUCACCAAAGACUCCUCAAAAUGUUCCAGCAAGUCCUGUUGGAGAUCGAUCUGCUCGACAUCGCUACCCUCAAAUUCUGCCUAAGCCAGCCAGUUCAAGUGCUUUGACGAUUCGCUCACCCACCACUGUGGUUUUCACCAGUAGCCCAAUCAAAACUGUAGUUCCAUCACCACAUGUAAGCUCCCUAAAUGUGGUAAAAAUGACAACGAUAUCUCUUGCACCUAGCAAUGCUGGUACUCCAGUGAAACAAACCUCCUCUGUAAAUAGCAGUUCAGGUGCAACAGAUGAUAAUAGGACAGUUCCACACAUCAGAAAUGGUUCUGUGGUCUCCUUGCAGUCUCCUGUGCCUAGAACAAGUGUGUCUGUUGCUUCUUCAAUUGAAGUGAAAACAGAACCAGAAGUACUGACAGAUGACAAUUCGGUACAAUGCCAAGAGACAUCAGAUGGUACUAAAGCUAGGAGAGCAACACCUGUUUGUUUCACUCAAAAAAAUAUUCAGGACAGUGUUACUCUAAAACCUGUAGAUGUUGGCCGUGAUGUUCAGACUGUCAAAUCCCUUGAUCAGAGACUUGAGGGAACAAGGACCAAAUGCAAAAGUCGUUCCACAGAAAGUAUAUCUGUUUCUUUGGCCAGCAGUAAUCAGCAUACCCUGACUUUGUGUGUUGCACCACAGAGUCUCUUUAACAACCGUGCUAGUCCCAAUGUUAAUUGUGAUCCAACUGGUAAAGAUGUUCGGCUAUGUAGUAAGAGUCCAAGAAAGAGAAUGCCCACUCCCGUUCAGGACCCUCAAUUACCACCAGUGAAAAAGUCAUUAAUGGGCCAGCUUGCACCUGUAACUUCAGACUGUCCAAAGCCACAAGUUUCUAAUGUUAAGAAAGUUCCUAAGGCAUUGCUGGGAAAAAUUGAUAAUUCUGCAUCUGUUUCGUUAGUACCUACUAAAGUGACUCCAAGAGUAAAUGCUGCAAUGGUAGAAAAUUACCAGUUAAUUAGUAGUAUAGAAAAAAACACUGAUGCUCCCCAAGAACUCUUGGCAUCAACUCAGGAUGUUAAAAUAAAACUUAAAGGAGGGGUGUUUAAAUUUAUCCGUGAUUCAAAGCCAGACAACUCUUUCAAUCAAAAUGUCUGGCAGCAAAUAUCUGGCACAUCAGAUUUUACAUCUGCCAACUGUGAGCAGACUCAAACAAUUGGUGUUAUGGAUAUUUCUGAAACUUCUGGUGCGGAUACUCUGCAGAAAACUGUAUGGGUACCAGUAGACUUUGAAGGAAUACAGCAGGAUGCAUACAGCCAGCAACUUGAAGAUUCCUCUUUGAAUCAGCUACAAGCACACGCUUCAAACCAGUUACCUCAGAGUUCUGAUUUGGCGGAUCCACCAACAACUGACAAUUUCUUUUCUUUUGAUGAUGAUCUUACACAAGACAGCAUUGUUGAGGAAUUGGUGCUUAUGGAGGAACAAAUGACAAUGAACAGCAAUUCUCAGACCUAUGGUAGUUUAGGAAUGGUGCUUCAAAAUCAAGUUACAGCUGCUCAUGAAACACCAGUACCCACUCAUUCAAGUAAUGCACAAUUCUAUCAUUCAGUACAUAGCAGUUGCACUCCAGUCCAUACACCUACUCCAACUCCCACACCCACUCCAACACUAACUCCAACACCAACAUCUGAAAUGAUUUCUGGCUCUCAGAGUUUGUCAAGAGAGAGCCCAUGUUCACGCUUAGCUCAGACAACGCCUGUGGAUAGUGCUUUAGGAAGUAGUCGUCAUACACCAGUUGGAACACCACACUCUAACUGCAGCAGUAGUGUUCCUCCGAGUCCAGUUGAAUGCAGAAAUCCAUUUGCAUUUACUCCAAUAAGCUCCAGCAUGUCAUAUCAUGAUGCCAGUAUUGUCUCCAGUAGUCCUGUAAAACCAAUGCAAAGGCCAAUGGCUACCCAUCCAGACAAAACUAAAUUAGAAUGGAUGAAUAAUGGGUACAGCACUGUUGGUAAUUCUUCUGUUUCCAGCCAUGGUAUUCUGCCAAGCUAUAAUGAGCUAGUUGAGGACAGUUUCAGGAAACCACAUGCAUUUGCAGUGCCUGGUCAGUCAUAUCAGACCCAAUCGAAACAUCAUGACAAUCACUUUGGACGAUUAACCCCUGUUUCACCUGUACAGAAUCAGCUGCCUUCCAUAAAUAGCACCAGCAAGCAGGAGGGUUUUGCCGUUCCUGCACCACUGGACAACAAAGGAACAAAUACACCUGGAAGCAACAAUUUUAGGUGUCGUAGUGUAAGCCCAGCUGUUCAUCGUCAGCGUAACCUAAGUGGUAAUUCAAACUGCCCUGUUUCCAACGUGCCACGUUCUAACAUGGCAGCCUUUGGAACUCUAGUGACUCCAGAAGUUCAUAGCAUACUUACUAAUGUCCAGACAGACACCAGUGCCAAUAGCUUAGCUCAAAGGAGUCAGUCAGUCCCUUUAACAGUUAUGAUGCAGACUGUUUUUCCUUCUUUUCAGAAACAAAGCAAUGCACAGAACAUUACACAUGUAUUGUUAAAUAAACUGGAUUCAGAUAGAGAUGAUGCCGUCAGAGGGUUAGGAAUAAACAAUAUGCCUUCUAACUACACUGCAAGAAUGAAUCUCACUCAGAUAUUGGAAACAUCCCCCAUGUUUUCUGGUGCCAAUCAACAAAAUAUGAUGAAUUCCAGCACUUCAUCUUACGAUUUCCAAACGCCAGCUUACCUCACAAAAAACAGCAGUACAGAUCAGAUCAGUUUUACUUCUGAAGACAACCAAGCACAAUCUGAAAUUGGAGAGCAACAACUUGAUUUUAACAGCACUGUUAAAGACCUUUUAGACGGAGAAAGCCUGCAAGCCAACCAGCAACUUGUGGUUCAAGUGACUUCAGAUUUAAACAAUGCCUCUGAUUUCUCCAGCGACAUUCGGUUGUCUUCAGAGCUCUCAGGCAGCAUCAAUGAUCUGAACACUUUAGAUCCAAAUCUGUUGUUUGACCCUGGUCGACAACAUGGACAGGAUGAUGAUGCUACACUGGAGGAACUAAACAAUGACCCUUUAUUUCAGCAGAUUUGCAAUGAAUCAAUUAACUCCAUGACCUCAUCUGGUUUUGAAUGGAUGGAAAGCAAGGAUCAUCCUACAGUUGAAAUGUUGGGUUAAUCUUGUACUAUAAAUGUAGCACACUGUAUCAAAAGGCAGACAUUGUAUUUGUCUUAAUGGAAGUGCCUCCCGCAGCAAAAACAUUUAUAAUUAUGAAUUUUCAAAGUUUGCUGCACAUGUUCCUUAUCUUUCAGCUGUUCUCAACAUGCUAAGCAUAUAUCUGCAGUACCUGGGCAGUUGAUGAGCCAGUAUUAAAGUCCAUUUAUAUUUUUGCCCACUUGGUAUGAUUUUACUUCAGCUGACAGACAACAAUAGCCAGUUACACUAACAAAUAUGUUUUUAUUCUAACUUCCUGUAUUUUACUAACCCUAGAAAAUGCUACUGCUUGCAUACUCUGUGUGAGAACUGCUGUUGUGCUCUGACGUAAACUAUGAAGAACAACUGUUUGAGUUUGAACACCGGGGUACUCAUGUGAAUUCCAUAUUUGUGGCACGUGUAUAUUUCUGUCUAAAGAAAGGAAGUUGUUCUUGUUAAGGAAACCCUAACCAUGGGCAGCACCUAAGUUUUAAAACUGCACUAAAAUGUUAGGACAAACAUUUAUUUUUUUGUUUUUUUAAAUUUGUUAUUUUAAUUACACUUGUGACCUCACAUGGCAUUUUAUAAGUUUUAUUUUUGUGUUAUUGGGUGUUUCACAAGCAAAACCUGAAAUAAUUCUCAAAUGAAGUAAAGAUGGCAUGUGUUUGGCUAGUGUGGAUAGGUUUCUGUAGAAGCAUCCUAUUCUUUGAGGAAUGCAGACCUUCUACACAUCAGUGGAUCCGGCAAAUGAUAUAAAAGCACUGAGAUUUCUAAUAUUUGUAUUAGAAAAUGUCUUUGUUGCAUGUUUUCAUUUUUUUCCCCCAAGAAAGCUAGCAAUGGAAUUUUACAAUUACAUUUCAAAUACUCCAUAUAUUUUUUUUCCUUUAAAGAUGCUUACAUGCAGAGCAUUGAGUCCCACCUUUUGGAGUUAGGAAGUGAGAAAGUUAUUUGAAUACACCAGAUACAGAACAUAGGAAGGCAGCUUUCCUGUGAAAAAUGUUGCAUUAGUCACUUUCUUAUCUUACGUAUGCAGAGGCCACGGUGGCUGUUGGGUAGGGAGUAAUAUCACUAGUUUAUUUUAUGGAUAUUAUAACCAAACAUGCCAUUCAGGAUUAUGAAUCUGUCACUUGUUUUUAUUUUGUAUGUUAAACAAUUUUGUCUAUGUUGGCUAGCUUGGAAACACUGAAACUCCCUUACAUGUUCAGCAGCACUUCUUAAAUAUAUUUUCUGCCCAUAUAACAAUGAAAUGGCAAUUACUAUAUUCCAACUAAAAUGUCUUGGCCCAGACAAAAUGCAAACUGCAAAGUUGUACAUGUGUAGCAUAAUUAUGAUUGUUUUAAAUGCAAAAGCAAAAUUUCAACAUAUCUUACCAAAAGGUGCUAAACUCUCAGAGCUUUGUAAACUUGUAAGUGAUAGUAAGUUUACUUGGCCUUUUAUGUGUUUGCUGGUAUUUUUAUUUUUUUUAAAUGCCUGCUCUUAGUACUCGUUACUACUGUACAUUGAGAUGGAGCACUAUUGCGAACCAAAGUAUUUAAAUAGAAGAAAAAAUGAACCCAAAGGAAAAUUUAAUUUCUUUUAAUCGUGAUCUUAGCAGGCCAAACUGCAUAACUUGAAAGUAUAAUUUUGAAAAAGUUUGGACUGUAGCUGAUUCAAAAUUAAUUCUAACUUUUAAAAAGUGAAAACGUAUACAUAUAUAUGCAUUUAUGCCUUUCUUACUGCUAGAUGGGUUCCUCUUUGUUCGCAGAGUUUAACACUCUUCUAGCAGUGAAAAGGUUAUAUUAUUUUGCGAACGUUAAUAAAUAUCAAAAUAUUACAUGAAAACUGGCAAUGCAAUCGUAUAUUUAGUGUUGCUGCAAUCACUUUAAACUCUUAAGUGCCAGGGAAGUCCAAUCUCUUAGAGUCCUCCCUGGCAGCCAGAGGGUUAUAUUUUGUUGGAAGGCACUUUCUCAAAGCGAUGCCUUUUUCAUACUGCCUGAAACCAUAAGAGGUUUAAAAUGUUCCUUUGCCAGCAAAUCCCUCUGGCAACAGGUUUUACUACACACAAUUUCUUGGGUUCAGAUAUUGCACUACAUUUCUGUCGAACCUGUGGCAUGGCACCUCUCUUAGGAUAAAUGCAAUUUUUUUAGCCCCAGAUUUAAAAACAAAUGUAAUGAUUUUAAUUCUAUUAAGAAAUAAAAAAAAAAAGUCAAAUGUCAUAAAAAUGACAGAUACAAUUGUCUUAUGUAGCAAUGUGCAUUGAUCUCAGUGAGAUAUUUCUAUUUCUUAUUCUCUAACAUGAGAAUAUUACAGCAGGAAGAAAUUAAGUUUUGUUGCUUCACCAUGUUAAUACAUGAUUCACAAAAUGUGCAUGUGUGUUAUUACCUUGUACAGUCUUGGUAUAUUCCUGUAACCACUUUUUGCUGUAUUAAAUACUUGUUCUGUGUUGACCAGACAAGCAUAGUUAUUCACAGGAUAUUUCCCUUUUAUGUUUACUAAUUCAAAUUAGUUCUUGUUAAAUGUUUUUUCCCUACGUUUUUUUUUUUUAAUACUGUUUAGGUAUUACAAAUAAAUUACAUUUUUUUAAUUACAGCAUCAGCAUCAUGAGAUGAUCAUUUUUCAAAGAGCUGCAAUAUUCUGACCAUUUGGACUAUGAAUAGAAGAUAAGUGUGCAGUACAUCUGACUGCAUACACGGCCUAAUGUGCAUUAUGAACAGCACAUUACAGAAAUAAUCCCUUUUCACUUUUUUCAUAUACUGCAAAAAAAAUGAUCCCUUGUUUUUGUUGUCUGUUGUACUGCUGAAACUACAGUAGUUUAAAAUUGCAGUAGAUUUUCAUUUUUUUAAUGGAAAGUGCUCAAAAUUGUUUUUUUUAAAUGUUUUCAAAAAUAAUAAAAAAUAUUUUAUAUGAAA